AUGUUCAGAAAUAACUACGACAAUGACUCCGUCACUUUUUCGCCUCAAGGCCGGAUAUUCCAGGUUGAAUACGCUCAAGAGGCCGUCAAGCAGGGAUCGGUAGUUGUCGGAGUUGUCAGCAAGAAACAUGUCGUCCUCACGGCCCUCAAGCGGAAUGCAGAAGAACUGUCCUCGUAUCAGAAAAAGGUAGUCGGUGUCGAUGACCACCUGGGAGUGGCGCUUGCCGGUCUUGCCUCCGACGCCCGCGUUCUUUCCAACUUCAUGAAGCAACAGUCGCUCGCCUCAAAAAUGACCUACGGCCGUCCCAUACCCGUCGAGCGCAUUGUGGAUAUGAUUGGCGAUAGAGCUCAGACAAACACGCAACACUACGGCAAGAGACCCUACGGCGUGGGGCUGUUGGUUGCGGGCGUGGAUGAGCUGGGACCCCAUCUAUUCGAGUUCUCUCCGUCAGGAAUGACCCAGGAGAUGCUGGCUUGUGCGAUUGGAGCGCGAAGUCAGAUGGCUCGAACGUACCUCGAGAGACAUUUGGAUAAAUUUGCGGAUUGCAGUCGUGACGAGUUGAUCAAACAUGCCCUGCUGGCACUGAAGGAGUCACUGGCGCAAGACAAGGAGCUCACGGUGGACAACACCAGUCUGGCCGUGAUAGGCAUGGGGGAGAAAGACGGCAGGAAGAAACUGGAGGCCUUCAAGCUCUACGAUGGACAGGACAUUGGGCCUUUGCUCGAGACAAGCGUGGAGUCGACGGCCACAGAAGGUGGAGAUGCCAUGGAAACAGAUUCAUAG